AUGUCCAUUCCAGCGGAGGUGCUACAGAGCCUUACUACUGUUUUCACCAAUGCGCUAAAAGCAGCAGUUCAGGAAGUUUCAGCAGCAGCAGCCGGCGGUGCCAAUGCAGCACAAGAAGGAGGCUCAAAACCAGCAGCUUUCGCAAUCGGAGAAUUCAAGACAUCGGACGGUUCAUCAGUGGAGGACUAUUUCAAGCGUUUCGACUGGGCGCUCAACCUCAGCAGAAUCCGGGAGGCGGACCAUGCCGCAUAUGCUCGCGUUCAUAUGGGAAUUGAACUGAACAACGCACUCAAAUUUCUCGUCAGCCCAAGGCAACCGGAGGAUUUGACAUACGCUGCGAUAAAAACAACAUUGGUGGAACACUUCGACCGGCCGAAAAAUAAGUAUGCUGAAAGCAUUAAAUUUCGCCAACUGCGCCAGGAGCCGGAAGAGAGUAUUGCGAGUUUUGCUUUGCGACUACGACAGACUGCUGCUCAUUGCGAGUAUGGAGAUUUUUUGGACCGUAUGCUCAUCGAACAGUUACUCUUUUGCUUGGAAUCUCGCGGAAUGUGCGAUGAAAUUAUUGCGAAAAACCCGGAGACGUUUGACGCUGCCUACAAGGUUGCGCACACAAUGGAAGCUACACACAAGACAUCUGUAGAAGUGACAACGGAUCCGGCCGGAACGACAAUAACAACAAACAAGUUGGGUUAUGUGUCAACGGAUGUAAAGAAAGGAAGCUUUCGUCAAGGCUCGAGCAACCAGGAUCGUGCUCCAACAUGCCAUGGCUGUGGAGGCCGCCAUGAGCGAAAAUACUGCAAAUUCCGGGAUGCGGUUUGUUUUGCUUGCAACAGAAAGGGACAUUUGUCGAAGGUAUGUAGAUCGAAGACGGCUCAAGUCAAGGAAGAACUGUCUCCAUUAUCGGAUGAGGGAUCCGAUUACGCCGAUCACACGGAGGCUUUGCAGAAAGUUGAUGUCAUCUCGUCAGUUGAACCUCUGGACAGGAAGAUGCUAGAAGUUCAGAUUGAUGGAAAGGCUGUGAAGAUGGAAUUAGACACAGGGGCGCCGUGUGCAAUCGUGAGCCUGUGUACGCUUCGCAAGAUCAAAGCUAGUUUUUGCCUGCACAAAUCGGAAAGACAGUUUGCCAGUUACACGCGGCAUAGAAUUCACUGCAUCGGCCGCUUGCCAGUGAAUGUUACGUUGGGUAGGACCUCCCGGCGUCUAAACUUGUACGUCGUAGACGGAGAUUUCGAUUCACUCUUCGGUAGAGAAUGGAUUGCGCAAUUUGCAUACGACAUUGACUUUGUGCAGUUGUUUGGCACGGAUGAGCAAGUGAACACACUUACCGCAGCGGAACCAGUAAUCACCAAGCAACAGCAGCAACGGCUGUCGCAUCUCAUCUCACGUUUCGAUGGUGUAUUCGGCGAGACUGCUGGCAAGCUGGCUGGCCCUCCGGCUACUCUACAUCUGAAACCAGGAGCAUCUCCAGUCUUCUCAAAGGCACGGGAAAUUCCAUUCGCUUUACGAGAUGCGUACGCCAGAGAAAUAGACAAGAAAAUUUCAUCCGGUCUUUACAAGCGUGUGGAAUCAUCUGAAUGGGCAUCUACUACUCACGUCGUCGCCAAGAAGAAUGGAACGAUUCGGAUUACAGACUAUCUUUUUCACAAAAUGAAAGGUGCGGCGGUUUUCUGUCAUCUCGAUAUAACCGAUGCGUAUUCCCAUUUGACGGUUGACGAUGAUUUUGGUCAUGCUCUAACGCUGAAUACACCUACGCACGGGUUGAUUCGACCCACACGAGCUGUAUAUGGUGCUGCCAAUAUUCCUGCAAUUUGGCAACGGCGAAUGGAAACGGUUCUACAAGGACUUUCGAAUGUUGUGAAUUUCUACGACGACAUUUUGAUACAUGCGGCAAGCUUCGAGGAGAUGUUGGAUGUGCUAGAGAAAACGUUGGAGCGGCUGAGAACUAAUGGACUUCGCCUAAAUCGUUCAAAGUGCGUGUUCGGGGCUCCUGCUGUGGAGUUCCUGGGACAUAAAAUCGACGCUGCAGGAGUACAAAAGUCGGACAGGCAUAUUGAAGCAAUACGGGAUGCAAAAAAGCCGUCGAGCCCCGAAGAACUACAGCUGUUUCUGGGAAAGGCAACUUAUUACAGCGCAUUUAUUCCUAACCGUUCCACACGGGACAGGCCUCUUCGAGAUAUGUUACUCCACGACAGAUUCAAGUGGACAGCAAGCGCCGAGACAGCGUACGCAGAAAUCAAAAGUGCAUUGAUUUCACCACAGGUGCUAAUGCAGUACGAUCCGGAGCUUCCAUUACUGCUAGCAACGGAUGCCAGUAGUACAGGACUGGGGGCGGUGUUGUCGCAACGUCUGAGUGAUGGAGUGGAAAGACCGAUAGCUUAUGCCAGUCGAACGUUAAGCACGACAGAACAGCGCUACCCACAAAUGGAUAAGGAGGCCCUUGCGAUAGUUUGGGCUGUGCAGAAAUUUUUCAUGUACCUGUAUGCACAUCACUGGACAUUAAUAACUGACCACAAGCCGCUGUCACAGAUACUACAUCCAGAAAAAUCGCUUCCGACGCUUUGCAUUAGUCGUAUGGCCAACUACGCCGAUUUUCUGGGAAACUUCGAUUUCGACGUUGUUUUCAAACGAACGAAGGAAAAUGUCAACGCAGACUACUGUUCCCGUGUUGUUCCAGGGUGUGGAGUAAACCUAUUGAGAGAGAUGACUAUCGGACGAGACGAACAGUUCGAUGCAUUCGAUUGUUUUAUGUUGCAUCAAAUCCAACAGCUACCAAUCCAUGCUCAACGAAUCGCCCAGGAAACACGGCGAGAUGACGUCUUGGGCAAGAUUGUGUAG